UCUCGUGGCCCCCCAGAGUUCACGGUCCUUGCUGUCACUGAACAAGAACAACCAAAUUCCUGCUCACCAGCUCUUGGUCGCCGGGCAAGAAAUGCUAUGUCCCAUACACCACCUCCUAACAGUCCUCACAAGAUGCCUCUUGCUUCUCCAUAUGUUGUUCCAACAAUGCCGAACGCUUCGGUAGACCAUGGUCCUUCUGUUGCUUCACCGAGUGGGAGUUCUCAGCUUGCAUUUUCUACUCCUCCA